AUGGCGGCAUCACUGUUCACCUUCUCCUCCACUUCAAGAAGAGUCGUCCCAGCUCCAAACUCUCCUCCUCUUCCCAUAUACAUGAAAGCCACAAACAUAGUUUUCAACCCUGAUAUUCCAGGUGUUCAUCGAGGUCUUGGACUUGAUGAUUUUUUUAAUUUCUUAGUCUCCUGCCGACUCCGAUACGCAAUCAGUGACGUUCCAUCAGAGUUCUUUCCUGAACAAGUCUGUGAGUUCUACUACACUGCAACAAUUAAUGAUGAAAACAACGUCAUCUCCGGGACUAUUGGCCGUGGAAGACACUCAGUCUUUAUUACCGCUGACCUCCUCAGUGUUGCGCUCAGGUUACCAAUCUUUAAACCCUUCUCUGAGCUUCCACCUAUUGUACGUUGUCGAUGUCUCUUUGAUCAACUGAGAUAUGAUCACUCAAAGGCUGGUACUCGAUCAGCUCUCAUUAUGCAUCAAUGUAUGACUCCAGGAUAG